UUGUACAUCAAAAGAGUAAACGCAAAAUGGGCUGUACCAUGCAGAUGUUUAUUUGUCUGUUGGGCUGUCUUUUCUUAACAGUUGAGUUGCGCGCCACCUGCUGUAAAAAUUAUGGAGAAGUAAAAUCGGCAAUCAACGAGUGCGAGGAAGAAGCUAAAUCGAUGGAAGGUAAAUAUAAGGACAGUAAAAAUCAAAUUUGUUAUGGAUUAAUUUGCGUGGUCAAAAAAUGGGGAUUGUUGGAGAAUGGAACGUUCAACGUAAAAAAAGAGGAAAUGCUUUUUAAAAAGAUAUUCCCAGAGGCCAGUGCAGGCGUGACGUCAAAGUUACUCGAAUGCAGUGCAGCAGCUAUCGACGAGAAGGACGAAUGUCAGGUGUUGGUGAAAACGUACAAUUGCUUGUUCGACAGUAGCGACCAUCGAAUGGAAAUCGACGCGCUUAUCCAGAAACGCGAAGACGAACACAACUAGACGAGCUCAACACUUCGUCAAAAACUCCGCACCGUGGAUGUACGUACGAUACAUAACAAUAUGUACUAUUUGUCUUGAAGAUUCAUUAAACGAUCAAUAAAUCGUAAAACUCGACGAA